UAGAGCUUCCGUAUUCCGGAAGCGGAACUGUUGACCGUAUAUACUUUUGUUUGUGAGAACUAUAGCUGGCCGUUUCGCUUGUUGUGUUUUCUGAAGUGGUAACUACCUGGUGAAGAAGGACAUCGUUGUAUAUCGAAGCGGAAUUCACUGAGGGACCCCGGAAUAACCAUGAAUUUGGAACGUGUUCCUAAUGAGGAGAAGCUCAACCUCUGUAGGAAAUAUUAUCUGGGUGGUUUUGCCUUCCUUCCAUUUCUUUGGCUGGUAAAUGUGGUGUGGUUCUUCAGAGAAGCCUUCCUAAAACCAACGUACAAUGAACAGCCCCAGAUCAAAACAUAUGUGAAGCGAUCUGCUCUGGGACUGUCACUCUGGGUGGCGGUGCUCACAACAUGGAUUACCAUAUUCCAGCACUUCAGAGCACAGUGGGGAGAAGUGGCAGAUUACCUUUCCUUCACCAUUCCUUUGGGAAUUCCCUAGAAGGGAGACCCUGACAGGACAGGACAGGACAGGACAGGACAGGACAGGACAGGACAGGACAGGACAGGACAGGACAGGACAGGACAGGACAGGACAGGACAGGACAGGACAGGACAGGACAGGACAGGACAGGACAGGACAGGACAGGACAGGACGACUCUUACUUCCUUUCCUUGUUUUGUCAGCAAAAACAAACACGCAUACCCACACCCUUGCUAUCACUACAAUGCACCUCUUGGGACUCUUCAUUUGAAACGCAACACUUUCAGAAGUGUUACUGUUUGUCUUUAUUUGACCAUACUAGAUUAUAUCAAUUAUCGUGCAUUCCAGUAAUUGAACAAGUUGUACAUGCACCUUGUAACUCAAUUUAUUCAGUCACCAUAAGAAAUCAUGUAAAGCGAAGUGAGUUUAAAUGAGGUUAUGGCAUUUUAGUUUUUUGGCAUUGCCUCACACUUGAAAAUUAUUCUUUGCAUUUGUAUGAGUUUGUGAUUUGUAAAAAUUACUUUUUUUCCCCCCUUUGUUUUUUAUUUUUAUUUUUAUGUUUGAAACAAAACAACUACUGAAUAAAUUUUAAGAUGACUAUA